GGAUUCACAUUAUCAGGAUUCUGUAUUUCAUGGAAUGUAUUGUACUUGCAGCAACCUUACAAACAAUAAUCAUCAUAAGAUAUGCAUGUGUUGAUUGGGCUGCGAAACAUAGCAGUCUCUGCCGUUUGCUCUUCCAAGGACGAUUUUAUUUUUUGUUUUAUGGAGGGAAAAUCUUCCCAGGAUUUGCUCGAAGUUGUAACAGAACUCCUACCUGUUUAUCCAUCGGAUAAGAAGUGUGUCUCGACCCGAGUUCGCCGGUUUAGAGUUCGGUUCAACAGAUCAGAAAACAGUAUGCAUUUUACCGUACCUAAUCGAUAACUCCUCCCCCGCAGCUUUGCAUAAUCUUCUUUCCCGAUACUGCAAAUCAAAUCCUUCCCAAUUCCGGUAAAUGCGUCGUCACCCAUUCUUAUCCGUUCUUCAAUUCCCACAUUUAAAGUCCCCUCCUUUCUUCCCUUUUCCAGGCACCAUCGUCCCCCCUCAGUCAAAAUCUCUUCUUCCUGUUUUCACCCCUGUCAUAAAUCACCGAAUUGGAGGAGUGUGGCGUGUAGAAGAAGAAAGACAUGCGGUUUGAGGAGAGCGAAGGCGUCUCGGCGUCGAGGAAGCACCUCGUCUUCGCUUACUACGUCACCGGCCAUGGCUUCGGCCAUGCCACUCGUGUUGUUGAGGUAGUAAGGAAUCUGAUUCUGGCAGGGCAUGAUGUCCAUGUGGUGACGGGUGCUCCUGAUUUUGUGUUCACUUCAGAGAUACAGUCUCCCCGUCUGUUUAUCCGCAAGGUACUUCUGGACUGCGGUGCUGUUCAAGCUGAUGCAUUAACAGUUGAUCGGCUUGCUUCCUUGGAGAAGUAUUCAGAGACGGCAGUUAAACCCCGGGAAUCUAUUUUGGCUACUGAGGUUGAGUGGCUCAAUACCAUCAAAGUUGACUUAGUGGUUUCAGAUGUUGUUCCAGUUGCUUGUCGUGCUGCAGCUGAAGCUGGUAUUCGAUCUGUUUGUGUAACCAACUUUAGUUGGGAUUUCAUAUAUGCGGAGUAUGUGAUGGCGGCUGGGAAUCAUCACCGUUCAAUAGUUUGGCAGAUUGCAGAGGACUAUUCUCAUUGCGAGUUCCUGAUCCGUCUCCCUGGAUAUUGCCCCAUGCCAGCAUUCCGUGAUGUCAUUGAUGUACCCCUCGUUGUCAGGAGGUUGCACAAGUCCCGCAAAGAGAUAAGAAAAGAACUUGCCAUUGGAGAGGAUGUCAAAGUUGUUAUCCUUAACUUUGGUGGACAGCCGUCUGGCUGGAAGCUGAAGGAGGAGUUUUUGCCUCCUGGUUGGUUGUGCCUGGUUUGUGGUGCAUCUGAUACCCAAGAACUUCCACCAAAUUUCAUAAAACUAGCAAAAGAUGCCUACACCCCUGAUGUUAUGGCGGCAUCGGACUGCAUGCUAGGGAAGAUUGGGUAUGGUACUGUUAGCGAAGCCUUGGCGUACAAGUUACCAUUUGUGUUUGUACGGAGAGAUUAUUUUAAUGAAGAGCCUUUCUUACGGAAUAUGCUUGAGUAUUAUCAAGGUGGUGUCGAGAUGAUACGAAGGGAUUUGCUUACUGGUCACUGGAAGCCUUACCUUGAACGUGCAAUCAGCUUAAAACCAUGUUAUGAGGGCGGGAUUAAUGGUGGUGAGGUUGCAGCUCAUAUUAUACAAGAGACAGCUAUUGGGAAGAACUAUGCCUCAGAUAAGCUCAGUGGUGCAAGAAGAUUACGGGAUGCAAUAGUUCUUGGAUAUCAGCUACAAAGGGUCCCUGGAAGGGAUAUACUCGUCCCAGAAUGGUAUGCAAAUGCUGCAACUGAACUUAGUAAGUCUACAGGUUCACUAACUGUUCAAGCAGCUGAGGGAGGACCUUUAAUGAACUCAUAUAUAGAAGAUUUUGAAAUUCUUCAUGGUGACCUUCAAGGCCUGCCAGAUACAAUGAGCUUCUUGAAGAGCAUGGCAGAGCUAGAUGCUAUAAAUGAAUAUGAAAAGAAUUCAGAGAAGCGCCAAAUGCGGGAACGUAAAGCUGCUGCAGGACUUUUCAAUUGGGAGGAAGAUAUCUAUGUGGCAAGAGCGCCCGGGAGGUUGGAUGUGAUGGGAGGAAUAGCUGACUAUUCAGGAAGCCUUGUCUUGCAGUUGCCUACAAGAGAAGCUUGCCAUGUUGCUGUACAAAGGAAUGAUCCUAGCAAACAUAAGCUCUGGAAACAUGCCCAGGCAAGGCAAAAUGCAAAGGGCCAAGGACCUACCCCUGUUCUUCAAAUUGUGUCUUAUGGGUCUGAAUUAAGCAAUCGCAGCCCAACCUUUGACAUGGACUUAUCUGAUUUCCUUGAAGAUGGGAAGCCAAUGGCGUAUGAGAAAGCAAAUAAAUACUUUGCUCAAGAUCCCUCACAAAAGUGGGCAGCAUAUGUUGCAGGGACCAUUUUGGUUUUGAUGAAAGAACUAGGCGUGCGGUUUGAAGAUAGCAUAAGCAUGCUGGUUUCUUCUGCUGUCCCUGAAGGCAAAGGUGUUUCUUCUUCUGCCUCUGUGGAAGUCGCAAGCAUGUCUGCCAUUGCUGCUGCUCAUGGAUUGAGCAUCAGCCCAAGAGAUAUUGCGCUUCUCAGCCAAAAGGUGGAGAACCAUAUCGUUGGAGCCCCUUGUGGUGUAAUGGAUCAGAUGACUUCGUCAUGUGGUGAAGCUGACAAGCUUCUGGCGAUGGUUUGCCAGCCUGCUGAGGUGAUUGGGCUAGUUGAAAUUCCUAACCAUAUUCGUUUCUGGGGCAUUGAUUCUGGAAUACGUCACAGUGUUGGUGGUGCGGACUACGGGUCUGUGAGAAUUGGGGCCUUCAUGGGUCGGAAGAUCAUAAAAUCCUUAGCAUCUGAUGUAGUGUCUAAAUCAUCUGACUUCAGUAACGGGUUCAUCCAUGACGAGCUGGAAGAUGAUGGUGUGGCACUACUAGAAGCUGAAGCACCACUAGACUACUUAUGCAACUUGACACCACACAGAUAUGAAGCCCUAUAUGCAAAGAUGCUUCCUGAGACGCUGCUGGGUCAAGAAUUCCUGGACAGGUACAUUGAUCACAGCGAUCCCGUUACAGUGAUUGAUACGAACAGGAAGUAUGUGGUGAGAGCGCCAGCAACACAUCCCAUCUAUGAGAAUUUCCGAGUGAAGAACUUCAAAGCAUUGCUUACCUCUGCUACUUCGGAUGACCAACUGACGGCUCUAGGAGAAUUACUGUAUCAGUGUCAUUACAGCUACAGUGCUUGCGGGCUAGGCACUGAUGGAACAGAUAGGCUUGUAAGGAUGGUCCAGGAAAUUCAGCACAGUUCCAAGUCGAAAUCUGAAGGUGGGACGUUAUAUGGAGCCAAAAUCACCGGUGGCGGCUCUGGUGGCACCGUUUGUGUUAUUGGUAGGAACUCCUUGUGCAGCAGCCAACAAAUUCUAGAGGUUCAGCAGAAGUACAAAAUAGCAACUGGGUAUUUGCCAUUUAUUUUUGAGGGGUCGUCUCCUGGAGCUGGGAAGUUUGGGUACCUGCGAAUUCGUCGACGGUAGCCCACCACGCCUUUCCCACUGAUGACCUAUUUAUUUCUGCUGCUCCCUAUAGUUAGCCCCCUUCAGUCGAGUGUCGCGAAUUCUUCCACACACGAUAACGACGAAAUGGAAUUCUGGUCACUAGAUAUAGGCAUAGUUAUAGCUUAGUUAGUUGUGCAAUAAGAUUACUAGGUAGCAAUGAAGCCCUGUGUGGCUAUGUCAGAAGAGAGGAUUCAGUAAGUUGAGAAGGAUGAACAAAUCCUCUUGUUAUAC